AGUGGAAUUUUCUUUUUCCGGCGCAAAUUUGAAUACGGUAACGGAUACCGUGUCCUCCUCGGUGCGUGUGUGCGUGUGUCCGUUAGCGGGGGGAAAAGCAACAACGAGACGGCGACAAGAAAGUAACACAACCGCAGUCGCACUGAGUUGUUUCGGUGGACUUUUUUUUUUUUUUUUCAGGGGGAGUAAAAGAGGAAGCAGUUCCGCCCUCACCAGAGAGGCCAAAGAGUAGACCAAAGCGGCAAAGAAGGCAACAUUUGUCGUCAAAGACCAAAACUGUACAGAAACUUUUUAUUUUUUUGUCUCUUCAGUGGACAUUCUUGUCCGUUUCUUCUCCUUGUCGGCGGCGUGUGUUUUACGCCGAAAAUGACUUUUAUCUUGCCGAGUAAAAAGUUUUUCUGAUACUAGCGUCCGCCUUGAUAUCACCUACUAGCAUUUACUAGCAUCUGUUAGCUUAACUGACUCAAUAUUUAGGGGGGGAAAAAACCCUGCAAUGAGCGGAGAAGAGGAAAGAUUCAAGCUGGUGGUGGUGGGAGGUGGAGGAGUGGGAAAGAGUGCUCUGACCAUCCAAUUCAUUCAGUCCUAUUUUGUGUCAGACUACGACCCCACCAUUGAAGACUCCUACACUAAGAUCUGCAAUGUCGAUGGAAAGGACACCCGUCUGGACAUCUUGGAUACAGCAGGACAGGAGGAGUUUGGCGCAAUGAGAGAGCAGUACAUGCGCUCAGGGGAGGGAUUCUUGCUGGUGUUUGCACUCAACGACCGAGGGAGCUACCACGAGGUCCAGAAGUUCCACACUCAGAUCCUAAGAGUGAAGGAUCGAGACGACUUCCCCAUGCUGCUCGUUGGAAACAAGGCAGACCUGGAGCAGCAGCGAGUGAUCUCCAGGGAGGAUGCUCAGGCAUUUGCCAGAGAGAAUAAGAUCCACUAUAUGGAGGCCUCGGCUAAGAACCGCUACAAUGUGGAUGAAACCUUUUUGGAGCUGGUGCGAAUUAUCAGAAAGUUUCAGGAAAUGGAGUGUCCUCCCCCUCCGACGCAUCACGCUGGGAAAAAGAAGAGCAGUGGCUGCCCUUGCGUCCUCCUCUAAGCACUGUUACUAUGGUUACUAUGGACACCAACGCCUCUGCAGCUUGUCCAAAAAAGCGUUUGUGUGAGACAGUGGGAUAGGGCGAUGGAGAGAUAGGUGCAUCGAUAUUCCACUAAUGGUUUCAUUUGCACUUUUCCCCCCAAAGCAAAUCAAAAUAGUUUUAAUUUGGUCUAAAGGACGAGCUUUGAACAGCAGCAGAAAUAGUUUGCUGUGUUGCCGAUAUCAAAUAAUAAGGUACUUGGAGAUAGCGAUGUCAUCACGGUGUACAACAAAUAUGUACUUGGGGGUAGGGGACAUGGCGGUACGGUGGUGACGUCAUCACAAUAGGUACGCUGACAGACUGAGUCAGUUUGGAAAAAGGUAAAUAACAGGAUAGUGACGGUGACUGUGGCGUGUCCAAUCACAAGACGUCAUUUGGCUGUCAUGUUCCAAGCUGGCCUGUAGGAGGCAACAGCAGCAUGACAACAGCAAGCAGCAGCAGCAGCUUCUGUUUGCAUGUUUGGUAGGAGGGUGCGAUACUGCCAAGUUUGGUAUCAAUCCCAUUGCGGUAUCCUUUUCACUUGACAUUUGGCAAGAUCAUCGAAUGAUUUUGCCUUUAAUUUGUUCAUCAUGAUUAUAAUCAGAACAGGGCAAAGGGUUUCAGCAAACACAAAUGUUUAUUGUAGGAUGUAUUUGUGAAAAACUUAACAAUAUAAGAUCAUGUAACAAUAUCAACAAAAUAAUUAUACUACCGUAUUUUUCGGACUAUAAGUCGCACCGGCCGAAAAUGCAUAAUAAAGAAGGAAAAAAACACAUAUAAGUCGCACUGGAGUAUAAGUCGCAUUUUUGGGGGAAAUGUAUUUGAUAAAAGCCAACACCAAGAAUAGACAUUUGAAAGGCAAUUUUAAAUAAAUAAAGAAUAGUGAACAACAGGCUGAAUAAGUGUACGUUAUAUGAGGCAUAAAUAACCAACUGAGAACGUGCCUGGUAUGUUAAGUAACAUAUUAUGGUAAGAGUCAUUCAAAUAACAAUAACAUAUAGAACAUGCUAUACGUUUACCAAACAAUCUGUCACUCCUAAUCGCUAAAUCCCAUGAAAUCUUAUACGUCUAGUCCAGUGGUUCUUAACCUGGGUUCGAUCGAACCCUAGGGGUUCGGUGAGUCGGCCUCAGGGGUUUGACGGAGCCUCAAGACACACCCGACUCAUCGUGUAAAUAAAAACUUUAUGGAUACGGCAACAGCAGAAGUCAGACUGAUUUGCAUUUGUGUAAUUUGCUGUGAGUUCAUGCACUGUGUUGGUUUUGUUCUUUGAACAAGGUGAUGUUGAUGCACGGUUCAUUUUGUGCACCAGUAAAGAAACAUAACUUUGUCUUGAAUUUGAAAAA